AUGACAGCGGCUUCUGAGCUCGUGCUGGACCGGGAAGUGCGGGACUGGGUGCUGAUCCCCCUCACGGCCUGCGUGAUGCUGAUGCAGCUGCUGCGCCAGUAUGUCACAGCGCUGAUGGCGGGCAACAAAGCGCCAGUGGACCCCUCCAAGGGGACCAGCGAGGUCAGCCAGAAGAUGGCAGUGGCGCGGUCCACGCUGCUGCGCGCCAACGGUGGCUUCAUCCCGGAACCCGGCUUCCGCCAGCGCAAGCAAUACUUUGCCGCAAAGGACACUGGCGUGCUGAACCAGAAGAUCGAGGCCAAGGGCAUGCAGGAGAUGAUGAUGACCAACCCCGACUUCAUGCAGGGCAUGAUGAAGCAGCAGCUGGGCGGCCUGCUGCCGCAGCUGGCGCUGGGCGCUCUGGUCAACUUCUUCUUCUCCGGCUUCAUCCUGGGCCGCAUCCCCUUUGCGCUGUCCCCCAAGUUCCGCAUCAUGCUGCAGCGCGGCAUCGACCUGCCCUCCCUGGACCCCUCCUACUUCACCUCCCUCUCCUACUACAUCCUGCUGCUCUUCGGCCUGCGCGGCGUGCUGACCCUGAUGUUCAGGGAGAAGGCCAUCAACGACGCGCAGCAGAUGAUGCAGAUGCAGCAGUCGAUGCAGAUGGGGCCUAUGGGGCCCAUGGGCUUCGAUGCCCAAAAGGCGUUUGAUGCGGAGCAGGCGGCGCUCAACCUGGCGGAGCACAAGUGGCGGCUGGAGGGCAGCGAGGCCCGCGCGGUCAAAGUGCUGCGCACGCAGCUUGGCGGCAAGUGA